AUGUCAGAAGUUGAUAUGGCUGUUAUUAAACCUGAGAUGAUGAAAUCGUAUAUCUGGAUACAGACCACGGAUGGUGCAAUUCAGCAAGUGGAACAAGAAGUUGCCAUGUUUUGCCCCAUGAUAUGUCAGGAAGUAAUACAAAAGGGAAUGGGAUCUUCUAAGAACUAUGCUAUAUCUCUACCACAAAGAGUCAGUCCUGCCAUGUUUAGUCUAAUUCUUGAUUACUGUAGAUUUCACCAAGUACCUGGUCGCUCUAACAAGGAACGGAAGUCUUUUGAUGAGAAGUUUGUUCGAAUGGACACAAAGAGGCUUUGUGAGUUGACUUCAGCUGCUGACAGCCUCCAGCUAAAGCCUUUGGUUGAUCUUACUAGUCGUGCACUUGCACGGAUUAUUGAAGGGAAAACGCCUGAGGAGAUACGUGAGAUAUUUCAUUUGCCUGAUGAUCUAACAGAGGAAGAGAAGCUAGAGCCUUUGAAGAACACAACUGAUGAUCCACGAAUCCGACUUUUAAAUCGUUUGUAUGCAAAGAAGAGGAAAGAACUAAAAGAGCGAGAGAAACUAAAGAAUGUCGAGGCUGAAGAGGAUCUUGUGGAUGACCGCUCAGUUGAUGACCUUUUAUCAUUUAUUAAUGGAGGAGAUGGAGAUUCCAAAGGGAUCAGAACUUCCAAGAAUAAAAAGAAGCACCGAAAAAGGAAAGAUCAGCAAAAGUGUGCCACUUCAAAUGAAGCCAUUGAGAUGCAUAAGAAGGAGUCAAACGCUGUUAGUUCUCUAUGCCAUAAUGCUGAGGUUGAUCAUGAAUUACAGUCCAGUCUCAGUGAGACAUUGAGGUUACAAGAUGCGGCAGAAAUUUUUGCACCUACGGUGGAGUUUGAUGAGGUUGAUAAUGACGAUGAGAUAGAUCCAGCUUUAAAAGAAGAAAUUGAUAGGGAGGUUGAAGAUUUUGCUCGGAUACUAAAUUCAGAUUGGCCUGAAAGGAUGCAGGAGCUUCUAUCUUUGGGUCAAGAGAGGAGACGGACACAUUUAUCUGUUAAUGGCAAUGGCACCUUGAAAAGAUAUGGAAAUGCUAAUGCAGGUAGCAUCGACGGCAACAAAAAGGAUUGUAUUGUCAUUGAUGUGAAUUCACAUAGGUCGAUGUUUGAUGUUAAUCAAAGGGAAGGAAUGACUUUUGAGCAAAUGCUUAGCUGUUCCAUGCAGCUGGUAUUUGGGUUGCCAAGGGUCCAGUUUCAGCUGGCCAAAUAUAUGAUUCCUCAAACCAGGCUGUGCUCAGCAUGA